AUGUCAGAUCACCCAAUAAAGAGAAGAAUCAGUAUACAAAGAGAAGGUGACUUCAGGAAGCCUCGAAUCGUGCUUGCACCUAGUCCCAAUAAUGUGGGUGAAAUUUUAAUUACCAAGAAUCCCAAACCAAUUACGUCAGGAAGAACGUUAUCAGUUACCUCGAAGGACCUACCUUGUGAUGUGCAGGCUGGCUGCAGUACCAUUGCCCCAGGAGGCUACCGAAAGAAAGUUGCUUUAAAGCCUGGCCGUAGCGCUCUUGAUUGGAGUUCAUUGACGAUGGGCGAUGGUGUCAAGGGUAAACUUAUCACUGGAAUGGAGAAACACUUGGCGAACAAAGACGAUGAUAUAUAUAAAAUCAACCAUCAGAGUACAUUGGUGCAGGUUUUGAAGGGAGUACCGUUGUUUAUGGUGAAGCCUCCUUUAAGAAUCAGCGAGAAGAUGGUUGCUGAGCAUAAUACAGUUGAUGAUUGUUGGUGCAUCAUCAAGGGUAAAGUAUAUUGCAUUACUAAUUAUUUUGAAUAUCAUCCCGGCGGUGACAAGAUCCUGAAGAAUUUUUGCAGUGGGGUUGAUGCCACUGAACAGUUUUAUAAGUACCACGCUUGGGUCAAUGCGAAUAGGGUGUUAAGAACAUGUUGCAUUGGCGAAUUGGCCAAGUAA